AUGCUGUCAAGAAACUCCGUCAGGUCGGCGCAAAAUCUUUUGCGAACCGCCCACGUCGCUCCCACUAGAACUUUCGCAACUAUCCAAUCCGACAUCUUCAAGCCUACGAAGUAUGGUGGAAAAUAUACUGUCACUUUAAUACCGGGUGAUGGUAUUGGAGCCGAAGUCGCCGAGUCCGUGAAGACAAUUUUCAAAGCAGACAAUGUGCCGGUUGAAUGGGAACAGGUUGAUGUGUCUGGUGUGGAAACUGGAGACAAACACACUGAGGAUCUUUUCCGGGAGUCAAUAGCAUCUUUGAAGAGAAACAAGCUUGGUCUUAAGGGUAUCUUACACACCCCUGUCGAGAGAUCUGGUCAUCAAUCUUUCAACGUCGCACUCAGACAAGAACUCGACAUCUACGCAUCCAUUGUCCUCAUCAAGAACAUCCCAGGUUACAAGACCCGCCACGACAAUGUCGAUCUCUGCAUCAUCCGUGAGAACACCGAGGGAGAAUACUCUGGAUUGGAACAUCAAUCGGUUCCAGGUGUUGUCGAAUCCCUUAAGAUUAUCACCCGCGCAAAGUCCGAGAGAAUUGCCAAAUUCGCAUUCAGUUUUGCUCUUGCCAACAACCGCAAGAAGGUCACCUGUAUUCACAAGGCAAACAUUAUGAAACUGGCAGAUGGUCUUUUCCGUAAAACCUUCAACGAUGUUGCUAAGGAGUACCCCACUUUAGAAUCCGACGAUAUGAUUGUCGAUAACGCUUCUAUGCAAUGUGUAUCCCGACCACAGCAGUUCGAUGUCAUGGUUAUGCCUAACUUGUACGGAGGAAUCUUGUCCAACGUUGGUGCUGCUUUGGUCGGUGGCCCAGGUCUUGUUCCUGGAUGUAAUAUGGGACGUGACGUUGCUGUUUUUGAACCUGGUUGCCGUCACGUUGGUUUGGAUAUCAAGGGCAAGGACCAAGCAAACCCAACUGCUAUGAUCCUCUCUGGUUCCAUGCUUUUGAGACAUCUUGGUCUUGACGACCAUGCUAACAGAAUCUCCAAGGCUGUCUAUGAUGUUAUUGCUGAAGGAGCCGUAAGAACUCGUGAUAUGGGUGGAAACAACUCAACUAACCAGUUCACCCGUGCUAUUUUGGAUAAGAUGGAGUUGGCCGGAUAG